AUGAAGUUCACCCUGGGCCUGGGUUCGCGGGCGUGGAGAGUGUCCUGGGAGGGGGCAGCAGCGGCGGCGGCAGGCCCUGGAGCAGGCGGCAGCGCGCUCGGCGGCCGCUCACAGCGCGUCUCCAGCCCGCGGCUGGGCCGCCGCGGCUCUCGGCUCUCGCGCGCCCUCCCUCUAUGCCUCUCCCGCGGCGGCGGCGGCGCCCAAGCUCUCCCGGACUGCGCCGGGCCCAGCCCCGGCCACCCCGGCCACCCCGGCGCCAGGCAGCUGACCGGCCCGCGCGCUAUGGAGCAGACGUAUGGCGAGGUGAACCAGCUGGGCGGUGUGUUCGUCAACGGCCGCCCCCUGCCCAACGCCAUCCGCUUGCGCAUUGUGGAGCUGGCGCAGCUGGGCAUCAGACCCUGUGACAUCAGUAGGCAGCUCCGCGUAUCCCACGGCUGCGUGAGCAAGAUCCUGGCGCGUUACAACGAGACUGGCUCCAUUCUGCCCGGGGCCAUCGGGGGCAGCAAGCCCCGCGUCACCACUCCCAACGUGGUCAAGCACAUCCGGGACUACAAGCAGGGAGACCCUGGCAUCUUUGCCUGGGAGAUCCGCGACCGGCUGCUGGCCGACGGCGUCUGUGACAAGUACAAUGUGCCCUCGGUGAGCUCCAUCAGCCGCAUCCUGCGCAACAAGAUCGGCAGCCUGGCGCAGCCCGGACCGUACGAGGCAAGUAAGCAGCCGCCGUCGCAGCCUACGCUGCCCUACAACCACAUCUACCAGUACCCCUACCCCAGUCCCGUGUCGCCCACCGGCGCCAAGAUGGGCAGCCACCCCGGGGUCCCGGGCACGGCGGGCCACGUCAGCAUCCCGCGCUCAUGGCCCUCGGCACACUCGGUCAGCAACAUCCUGGGCAUCCGGACGUUUAUGGAGCAAACAGGGGCCCUGGCUGGGAGCGAAGGCACCACUUACUCUCCCAAGAUGGAAGACUGGGCCGGCGUGAACCGCUCGGCCUUCCCCGCCACCCCGGCAGUGAAUGGGCUGGAGAAACCUGCCUUAGAGGCAGACAUUAAAUACACUCAGUCGGCCUCUACCCUCUCUGCCGUGGGCGGCUUCCUCCCCGCCUGCGCCUACCCGGCCUCCAACCAGCACGGCGUGUACAGCGCCCCGGGAGGCGGCUACCUCGCCCCGGGCCCGCCGUGGCCGCCGGCGCAAGGCCCUCCGCUGGCGCCCCCCGGGGCCGGCGUAGCUGUGCACGGCGGGGAACUCGCGGCAGCAAUGACCUUCAAGCAUCCCAGCCGAGAAGUGGCUGACAGGAAGCCUCCCAGCCCCGGCAGCAAGGCCCCGGACGCUCUCAGUAGCUUACACGGACUGCCCAUCCCGGCCUCGACCUCCUAGGGGCAGCUCUCCCCGGACCCGAGCUCGGAGGGAACGGCAGGCGGACCCGGGCGCACAGGUCUGCGCGGCGGCCCCGGCAAGCUGAGCGGGCAGGACCGGAGGACACACGGCGGAGGCGGAGGAAGCCAGCGCCGGCCCCCGGGUGGACGCCCAGCCAGCCCCCAGGCCCAGCCCUGCCUCUGUCCGGACCCACCACACUUCCUUUAUUGGCCUGGGUUUUCAGGCUUCUCUUAGCUUUGGCUUUAGACUGUUGCACCCUCCUCACAAUCCUUGCUCUGACGUGGCCUCCCUCGCUCUGCCAGCCUCAGAUUUCUUUUUUGUCACUCUCUUGUCUGUCUCCGUCUUGCCUCUCUCCCUCUUUCCUUCCCUUCUCUUUCUUUCUCA